UUGAAUACUUCUUUGCAAAAACGUAGAAGAACAAUAAGUAGCUCAUCCAUGGCCAAGUCCAGCAGCAACAAUGAAGUCAUCUUCUUACUAUCGAUCGUGGCGAUCUCCCUUCUCCUAACAGUUGCUAUGGCCAAAAGAGAUGGAAGUGGGCUUAGUUCUCGAUUAGUGCCGUUCAAAAAGGCAAUAGCGGUGGGCCCACAAUGCGAUACGGUGCACGGGGUGGAGAGUGGGGACACUUGCUUUGAUGUGGCAAAGGCUUCUAACUUGACUCCAGUGUUCUUCGAUGCGCUCAACCCGAAUCUCAAUUGCACCGCGCUCUUCAUCGGUCAAUGGCUUUGUAUCGAGGGAACUCCCUAGAGUUACCUUGAAGGGCGAUCAAGUUACAUUCCAAAUAAUAAGCACCAAGUACUAUGGUGACCAAAUAAAAGUUACAUGUA